AUGAUGGGAACAGAGAGGAGAGCGAGCCUCGUCGGGAUCGCGUCCAGUCCAUCUUCGAGCUCGGGGUCGAACAGCGCCGCCGUGCCCAGAGACUUCCAGCCAGCUCCCCUCCAGUCGGCUGCCGCCUCGACUCCAGGCGGUCCCAGCAGCCCGCUUCGCAAGAGGCGUCGGUCUUACCUCAUGCAGGACGGUCCCUCAGGUGGCCGGCCUUCGCUGCCUCCGAUGACGCUGCCACCGAGCGAAAGGCAGGACGAGGCUAGCUACGGCUCUGGCGCCGGAUCUUCGCGCGGGGAACCGGCCAAAAGGCAGAAGAGCGCCUCCCCGCCCCCCGGGUCUUAUGAACGCGACCACGAGCGUGGCAUGGACUCUUCCUCGCGCCCGCGGCCCGGACCACCUGCGUGGCAGAGUUGGAGCGACCGCCCGGCGCCCCCUGGCCGCUACGGAGGCCUCCCGACCAACGAGCACGACGCCUUGGGCCGCGCUGAUGGGCGCUCCCGACCCGGCGAGAUGGAGCCACCACAUCCUCGGUCGGAGCACGAGGCCAAUUGGAAAGACUCCAGCCGCGGUAUGGCCGGCUUGGUGGGCGGCAGAUAUCCGGACGGGGAUCGGCUUCCUCCCGGUUUCAGAGACUCUGAACGCCCUCAGAGCGAGCUGCCAGACGCCAUGCGAGGGCCACAUCGGCUGCCGUUUCCAGGCCCGCCGCCUCCAUCGGCAUCGGUACCCGCCGACAAGCUUGGGGCCAGCCUCGCCCGGCGGCACCCAUCCUCUCCGCCUCCGAGGCUGCCGAGCUUCGCCUCGCUCGACAGCGAAGGCAUGGCCGCCAGGCCGAGGGACGACGGACACCCGCCGCUCGGACCUGGGCCGGGUAGCUUCCCCGGCAGCGGUCACCCAUCCCCUCGUCGGAUCCUGCCGUACCGGCCGCCGGGCCACUACCCGCCCUACCUUCCGGGACCUCAGAGCCGCACACCGAUCCUCUCGCAUGCUAGCCCUUCGGCCUCGAGCUCUUACGGCAACCCGCCGAUGAUCCACCCGUCCCUUGCGGGCCUCCCGGGAGCUGGCGGUGGACAGGGCGGCAAGCAGCAGCCCAGCUUCGUCAGCAAGCUCUACUCGAUGCUCGAGGAUCCUUCCAUCGAAGACAUGAUCUCGUGGGGCCCCUCUGGCACCGUCUUCAGCGUAGCCAAUCCUGCAGAGUUCUCUCGCCUCGUCUUGCCCAACUGGUUCAAGCACUCCAACUGGCAGUCGUUUGUCCGCCAGCUCAACAUGUACGGCUUCCAUAAGGUCAACCACUCCUACCAAGGCAACCCGACCGACGAGAUCCAGGUCUGGGAGUUCCGGCAUCCCAGCUUCCGCCGCGGCGAAAUUGGCCUGCUCAACGACAUCAAGCGCAAGAGUUCCCGCCAGAAGCGGACGGGAAGCCCGAGCCGCAGCCUGGCGGGUACCGAUCUGCGCGCCGACCGCAGCGGCGGCAGCUCGACGCCUUCGCCCGAAGUGCCGCUGGCGGCCAUUCCGGGGAGCGGAGAGAUGGGCCGCAUGCCCGUCGGCAUCUACAGGGUCCCAGGCCGAGAGCACGCCAUGAGCGACCCGCGCAUGGAGGCGCGCGCCUAUGAGCUGGCCACGUCCGACCCGCGCGGGCUGCGCAUCGACGGCGACGGCGGCUACAUGCCCAUGGGCGGCGAUCCGCGCUUCCGACGCCCCAAGACCGAGAUGCCCGACGUCGGCCCGGGCAUGGGUCCGGGCGGCGGACCGUUGGGCGCAGGCAACACGUACUCGGCUGCGGGGGCGGGCUUCCUCGAGGAGCGUGGCUACCCCGAUUCGCAGAUCGACCGCAACGAGGUGCUGGCGCGCUUCGAGGACCUGUCGGAGCGCUCCGACGCCAUCAUCCGGCACGCCUCGUUCCUCGAGGGCCAGGUGCGGACGCUCUCGGAGCAGCUCAACGAGUCGCGCGCCUACACCCAGCACUGCGUGCGCGAGGAGCUAACCAUUGUCCUCGAGCGCCUCGCCCACACCCUCUCGGCGCCGCCAUCCAACGGCGCCGACCCGGUGCAGACGAUGCUCUCGGCCAUCAAGGCGCACCUCGCUGCGCUCCAGCCUCAGCCACAUCUCCGCGACAGGGAGCCGAUGCCGCCGGCUGCGUCGUCGCGGCCCCACGCCGCCGCCGCUGCGCCGAUGAGCCCUUCGUCGCAGUCGCACGGCUACCCGCCGAAGCGCUCGAGCGUCUAG